GCACUGCUGGUUGUUGAGAGCAGAUUGCCAUUCAGAGCGAGUUUAACAUGACAUCAUUUACAAAGGCUGAGGAGGAGCGCCAUGACAAUUAUCUGAGGAAAGUGUACGAGAAUAUACAACACAAUCAGCGAAGAAGGAUGCAGCUCCAGAGUGAUUUUCAAUCACAACAGCGAAAUCAUCGCCUCAACAGGGCUGCCUGGCUGCAGGGUCGCUGGUUGGAGAUCAGUGAGCAGGAGCGUAGGGCUCAGAUCCAUAACCAAAAGCUACUGCAGGACUUUCAGAGGGCACAAGACACACUCAAUGACAUGUUGGCCCGCACCGAAGCCAUGAACAGUAUACGGGUUCAGUAUGAACAGUAUCUGGAAGAGAGCUUCCCACAAUGGCAGAAAAGACUGAAAGACAUAAGAGCUUCUGAAAAGUCCAAGGUACAUCAGCACUUAAAGAACUAUAUUCAGCAGAUGGAGGAGGAUGAAGGUAUGAAGACUGCUCAUAGGUCUGACUUUAGAGGCCCUCUAUCCUCCAAUUCUCCAAAUCUAUCUCAAACUUCUCACACCAUGAAAAACACUCAGACAGCAAAAGACAUCAAGCAAAAUGCUGACAGAUGCAACCCAAAUGGCCAUCAUCCUUACUAUCCACCCUCUUGGUUAACUGGCUCAGAGCCUUUUAUUUCCAGACUCCCCCAAAACAAUAUUCCAAAGGAUUACAAAAACCUUCAGAACAUUCAAGCCUUAAAUCAUCCUUACCAUUCUUUACCUGGCGAUUCACUCCAUCAAUCACAUUCUCCAGUCCAGCAGAAGCCACCAUCAAUGGACCAUCUAUGGGCCGGUAUAAGGCAAGGGUUUAUGCCUACAGCUCACUUCACUCCUGCUGGUGCUUCUUGGCCACGACUUCCUGUGCUGAGCCCCAUGAUGUGGGGUAUGAUGGAUGUACCAGACCCCAGUGAGGAAAGAAUCCAACGCAGUGAGACAGGCAAUGAGAAGGUUGCAAAAGAAACACUGAACCCAAAUGAGGAGAGUUGCCAGAGACUAAAACAUAGGAGGAAUGGGAAAGAGAGUGAUCGGUCUGAGCUAGACUGUAGGCCAGUGCGUCUAUCAACUGACCAUGAAGAAAGUAGUGAAGUCAUGGUUUCUGGGAUGCAAAAAAGGGGAAAGAAAAAAAGAGAUGGGACCAAAUCACACUCCACAGAAUAUGAUAACAAUUCUCAAGGCUCUUCCACUAUGUCCCAAGAUGCUUCGGAUAGCCACUCGGACACAAAAAUCAGCAAAAUACAUAAAAAAACAUCUAAGAAGUAUAGCAGCAAAGAACCUAUUGUCACUAAGAAAAAUGUUGAUGCAGUGAUGCAAGAUGAAGAGGAAGACGAACAGGAAGAAAGCAGGAGCCAAGAAAUACUUCCAAGUAGUGUAAGCUCAGAAAAGAAAGCUGGAUCUGAAGGACUCAACAUUAGAGAGGAAGAAGAUUUUGAAGGAAAUGAUGACAGUCAUGUUGCAGAAGAGAAAAUAUGUGAUGGAGAAGUUGAAGAUGAAGAAGAGGACGAGGAAGGCACAGGUGGAGAAGAGGAAGCAGAAUUGGAUGAUGAAGCACAGGGUGAUGAUGAAGAAGGGAGUGAGAAAGUGAUGGGAAAGAGAGAUGGGAUUGAACUCAGUGAUGGAGAAGAGCCAGAAGGGGGAGGAGAUGUUCCAGAGGAUAUUCCAGAUAGCAAAGAUGGAGGAGAGACAACGGAGGAAGAGGAGAGAGAGAACAGUUUUCAAGAUGGAAAGGAGGCCAGAAAAACUCAAGGAAGUGUAGAGGAUGACAAAAAACUUAAUACUUCAGACAGAGACAUUCACAAAAGUCUUGAAGAGUUGUAUGCAGAUGAGACCGAAGAUGAAGAGGUUUGCAAUCAAGAAACAGAAGAUGAUGAAGAUGAGGUUGUGGUUGAGAAAGCAUACCCCUGGUCAAGAGACCCUUUUGAUGAUCACACAAAAUGCCCUGAUGAUGAAGAUGAUGAUAUUGAAGGCCUUCUCAACCCUGUCAACUCCCAAACACAGAAGGAGGAUGACGUGGAGGAGACAGACCAGUCAGAUGAUCAACACUCUUGUUCAAAAGAGGAAAAUCAACCACAGAAGAACCAUCCUGCAGCCACAGAUGAGUCAGUGGAAUCUGAUGAUGAGUUUGACCACUUCUAUGAUUAAACCAGAAAGUAGAACAUAAAGGUGGGAAAUAAUGGAAAGAGGAAACAACAAUGGAUGAAUACAUUGGACAGAAGCUGCAAUAACUCGAUGCUUUCAGAAAAUGAGCAAGGUGCACACCCUAAACAGCAGCCUCAGACCGACCAGAGAGCCACAAGGCCGAGCAAUGAAUAGAGGAAUCAGAUUACAAAGGGAUGAAAGAGGAAGAAAGGGAUAAAUAGAUGCUGGGUGUCCCUCAUCUUUUUUUUUUUUGUUAUUUGCUGGUAGCUUAUCUGACUGUCCUGAAAGCACCACACCACUGUCACUCUGCAAACACAGGUGGAUCCAGAGAUGAAGAGAGAAUAAUAGAGGAGAUGAAUAGUGGAUGACAUUAAAUGAAAUAGGCCAAGUUAUAGAUUUUAUUCUGAGCAAAUGGUGUCACUUUUAUAAAACCGAAAAGUUUAAUUUCUUUAAUCUGUUUUAUUUAUGUCCUAUUGGGAAUCAAAGUGUUUGCCCUGAAUUCUUCGGCAUUAAUUUAAAUGUAGCCACAGUUUGAGCGCUUUCUCAUUCAGAUAGGGAGCGUGGCCUGAAGCGAGGGGGAUGAGUGGGGGUUCGGACGAAGAGGGGGUGCUAAGGGAAGGAGUACAGGCCUGUCACUGCCUCUGAGUGAUGGCUAUUUGAACAGGCAUAUUUACCCGAGCCCUUGUGAAAGGAGACGGAGGGGCACUAACGGAGACGCGCAGGCACAGACAGGCAAUAAAAAGCUGGCCACUGUGUAAACAACAUGGCCUAGUCUGUUCGACCGCUGCCAUGCCAACAGGGUAGCUUCCACUUUUCAGCCAAUCACAUACCAGCUUUUUGACAAGUGGAACAAAACCCCCAUCAGAUGUUUUAAGCAGCCAUUGACGAAAUGUUAAUAAAAUAGUUGAUAGUUUUGGGUAGUUGAUGCGAUGUGACAUGCUGUACCGUUUUUAAACAGCAUUUUGUAAUUCUUUUAUAAUUAUUGUGCAUGCAGCUUUUUUAUGACCUAUGAAUUUUGUACUUUAAAACUGGCACAACACAGGAUCAUUUAUAAUGUGAAAGCAAAAAGCUGAUCAUGAAUGAUGUAAAGCUUAAAUAUACACUUUUGAAGUAAUUUAAUUACAUUUAUUCCUUUUUAUUUAUACAAUAUUUUAUGAAAUUAUUAUUUAAAAAAUAUUUAAUUUGUCUUUCU